AUGGAUCCAUUAACAAGGUACAAAAUGAAAUUAGAAAAAGAUAAAUAACAUUUGCAAGAAUAUGAAAGAAUUUAAAGAGAAAAAGAACAAUAGAAUGAGAUGAAGUUAAAACAAAAAAAUGACAAAUAUCAAAAUAUAAAAAAGUAACAAGAGAGACAAAAAGAAAUAGCUCGACUCAAAGCUGAUUUAAGAAGAAAUCAUGUAAAUAGAACAUUGUUUCAAAGUUAAUAGAUUGAGCAAGAAAAGUUGAUUGUAUAUUAAAUAAUCUAGAUUAUUGGGGUAUAAAUAAAAAAUAGCUAAAACAUUGGAUUCCUUAGAAAAGUAUGAGAAUGGAUACCAAAAAGAAUUUAAAACAUCUUUAUAUAGAAAACUUUCUCAUCAUUCUCAUUAAAUUGAAUUUGUAUAAUAGUAAAAUUAGUAAAUUAUGGAAAAUAAGAUAAAUAAAAUCAAUUAAUCUUUAGAGCUUCGAUUCAAAAAAUCAGAAGAUGUAUUUAUUUAUAAAUUGAGUUAAGGUGUUAUCAAAUUUGUCGAAACAAAAUAGUGAAAGAAAAAAAAGCGAGAAAACAAAAGUUGAAAACUAUUAGUAGUUGGUAUAGAAGCAUUAAGAAAGAUAAUAAUAAUUAAGAGACUAGAAAGCAUAAUUAUUUGAAGAAAAAUUAAAUAAAGUUGAGAAACUUUAAAAAUUAAAAGAAUAAUAAUAAAGAGAAAAGUAAUUACUAAGAUUAGAAGCAGAUAAAUUAAAAGAAAAAAUGAGCAAUGAAUUUGAAUAAGAAUUAGCAGUAAAUAAAAUAAAUAAUUUAGAAAAUGAAAUCUAAGUAAAUAAAACUAUUAAAAAACUGA